AUGCGAAUCAACACCCCUACCGAUGCCUUUUGGGGCCCACCAAGCUCUAAAGCUAACUUUUGCGAGCAGGAUUAUGUUGUGACAAGAUAUGUCGCGGAAUUCAUCAACAGCUUGACCAACCUAUGUUAUAUCUUCUAUGCGAUCUACGGCCUACGCCGAUUACAGCAGACUGGCAGUAUUGGUUUCUCUCGCGUCCUCCCCUACGGGGGCUUGAUGGCAGUUGGACUUUGCUCUGCAAUCUACCACAUCAGUCUACAAUACCACACUCAGAUGCUGGACGACCUAUCUAUGCUUUUCACAACCACCCCACUGCUGCAUAGAGUUUUGACAGUAAACGCCAAUCGCAAAGACUCAAUUAUCGCGGGUGCAGUUAUUUAUGUAGCUCUCUCGCUACUUGUGAUUUACCACGUCACAACGGAUGAAUUAAUUAUUCACGCUUCGUUUUUUGUUAGCAGCAUCACUAUCAUCGGUAUUCGGACUAUUCAGCUACUCAAACAACGCACCACUGAAAAUUCAACAGCUCGGCGACAGAUUUGGGGUAUGGUUGUAUUUGGGGCUGGCAUCUUUCAUCUUGGAUAUAUUGUCUGGCUUGUGGAUAGCUGGGCCUGUGAGUGGCUUACGAGUGCACGAGCGGCAAUUGGGCUUCCUUGGGCAUGGCUGCUAGAACUUCACGGAUGGUGGCACCUCUUCACCGGUAUCGGCGCCUAUACUUUUAUUGCGGUCAUUGAUCAACUUGUGUCAAGUGAGGAUCAUCAGGAUAUUGAUGCAAAUUUUGCCUGGCCGGCAUCAUGGGCUUCCCAGUCAAUAUUUGCCGGAGUUGCUUCCACUAUGGUUGGUCUCGCUGAGGAAGCGGUCAACCGUCAGGGAUUGUUUGGGCAAAAGGAGUCUGUCAGACGGUGGUUCCAAAGGGCUUGCCUCUACCUCCAAGCUGUCAGAUCACAGGGAAAGGCUCAGGCAGGCAUAGAGGAAGCUUACAAUCCUCUCAUCACUACAGAACUUACCCACAAUGCCACCACCCCGUCGCCGCCGCCCGAAGCCACCUCUCUGGGCCCGUUUUCGAGCAUAGCUUCACUACGCACACUCACCCCUCGCCCUACAUCAUAG